UCAAUUGAACCAGAGUUCUGCACUAAAGAAAAAAUGGAGGUAGUUCGUGUAUCACUCUUUUCCAUCAUUUUUAGCAUUCUCAUCAUCUGCACAACUCAUCUAGGCCAUGGCUUUCAAACUCCUCGCACAAACAAAACCGACAGACUUGCAUUGUUAGCCUUCAAGGAUCACAUAAAGGAAGAUCCAUUAGGAGUUUUGAGUUCUUGGAAUGAGUCUCUCCAAAACCAAUUACACAGUAGAAUCCCAUCUGAUGUCGGUUUCACUCUUCCUAAUCUCCAAUAUUUUGCGGCCGGUUGCAACUAUUUACAUGGGGAGAUACCAGCUUCUUUACUCAAUGCCUCAAAGCUACAAGUGGUCAAUCUUCCAUUCAAUAAUUUGAGCGGAGUCAUACCUUCAAACCUUGGAAGGUUAUGGAAUCUUGAAUCCCUAGGACUUGACGAUAAUCUGUUGGAAACUUCCGAAGAUGAAGGUUUGGGUUUUUUAACUUCUUUAAUCAACUGCACCAACCUUCGACAAUUGGAUUUAACCAAUAACCGUUUCAAAGGUGAAUUACCUGCUUCAAUUGCUAAUCUCUCAACCAAGCUUGAACUUUUGUCCCUAGGGAAAAAUCAGAUUUCUGGUAAAAUUCCUGAUGAGAUUGGGAACCUCGUUGGCUUAACAUGGCUGCAAAUAGGUAGGAGCUACAUUACAGGUGAAAUUCCUUCUAGUAUUGGCAAACUAAAAAAGUUAGCUAGACUCGAGCUAUUUGAGAAUGGAAUUUCAGGUCUAAUCGCUUCCUCACUUGGGAAUAUCACUCAAUUACAAGACUUGAGUUUGCAGGACAAUAAUCUAAGUGGCAUAAUUCCACCUAGUUUGGCAAAUUGUUCACAACUUGGAAAGCUUCUCCUUGGCAACAAUUACCUUAUUGGAAACAUACCAAAACAACUCUUAAGCCUACCUUCAAUGCUUGUCCUCUUUGUACCUGGAAAUUCUUUAAUAGGACAAUUGCCUUCAGAAGUGGGUAACUUGUCCAACCUAAUAGGAUUGUUGGUUUCACACAAUAGAUUGUCGGGAGAAAUUCCAAGCACCUUGGGAAAAUGUUUGAUGCUGCAAGGCCUUUGGAUGCAAGAUAACAUGUUUGAAGGAAGCAUCCCAUCUUCAUUUAGCAAGUUGAAAAACCUUGAAGACCUUGAUCUCUCUAGAAACAAUCUGUCAGGCCAAGUUCCAAAAUAUCUCCAAAAUUUCACUUUGCUGCAAAACCUAAACUUGUCCUUCAAUAACUUUGAUGGAGAGGUACCAAUUGAAGGGAUCUUCAAAAAUGCAAGUAUUAUUUCGGUUAAUGGAAAUCAGAGACUUUGUGGAGGUAUUGAGCAAUUAGGACUUCCUCCAUGUCAAGUCAUGAGAAAGAAAGGGAAGUUCCAACAAUUGAAGGUGGUGAUUCCAAUAAUCGCUUCAUGCUCAUUAUUCUUGAUUAUAGUUCUUCUUGCUAUUUUUUCAUACAGAAAGAAAUCUAAAAGGAGAGCUUCUACCAUUGUGCAAGAGAAAGAAUUUUUUCCACAAAUUUCUUAUGCAGAGCUAAGUCAGGCAAUCAAUCAGUUCUCACCAUCAAAUUUGGUAGGCAAGGGAAGUUUUGGCUCCGUUUAUAAAGGAAUUCUAACUACAAAUGGAAUGAUAGUUGCAGUGAAGGUGCUAAAUCUUAAACAAAAAGGGGCUGCUAAGAGUUUCUUGGCUGAAUAUUUUAAAGGAAGUGAUUUUAAAGCUAUUGUUUAUGAGUUCAUGCAAAAUGGAAGUUUAGAAGAGUGGUUGCAUCCACAUGAAAAUCAAGUAGAAGUGGGAAAAUUCAACUUCAUCCAAAGACUAAAUAUAGCCAUUGAUGUUGCAUUUGCACUUGAAUAUCUCCACUACUAUUGCCAACCAACUAUAGUUCAUGGAGAUCUUAAGCCAAGCAAUGUUCUACUUGAUCAUGACAUGGUUGCACAUGUGGGUGACUUUGGGCUAUCAAGCAUAUUCCGAGACGAGAGCAAUCAUAGCAAUGCUUCCAGAGAACAGAACAGCUCCAUUGGAAUAAAAGGAACAGUUGGUUAUAUUCCCCCAGAAUAUGGCAUGGGUAGCAAGGCAUCUAUGGAAGGAGAUGUGUAUAGUUUUGGAAUUAUGUUGUUAGAGAUGAUUAUAGGAAAGCGACCAACUGAUCCUAUGUUCAACGAUGGUUUCAACAUUCACCAAUUCACCAAAACUGCAUUGCCAGAGAGAGUGAUGGAAAUUCUUGAACCCUCGUUAUUACAAGAAAUACAUGUGACAGAUAAUAGAGGUAUUGAACAUUCCAGGGCAAAGAACAACAUGGGAAGAAGAACUGGUGUUUUGGAAAGCUUGUCGGAAGUUGCAAGAGUGGGAGUCUUCUGCUCAGUGGAGUCUCCAAAUGAGAGAAUGGAGAUGAAACAAGUUGUUGCAGAACUAUCUGCCAUUAAGCACAGGUUUCUUGGUGCCAGGAAUUGAUUCAACGUUGACAGGACCCUCGUUGUUUGUCUUCUUUCUUCUUCAUUUUUUCUUUUUCAUUUUUUAAUUGAAAUAAACUGUAGCCCAUUUC